UAGCUGCUCCAGCACUGCUGACCAAGUGGCCAACUGGCCUGUUCCAGAGCCAUGGCAAAGAACGGACUUGUCAUUUGUAUCCUGGUGGCCAGCUUACUCCUGGACCAGACCAACAGCUACCCAUCCCGAGUGAAGGCCAGGAAACACAGCAAACGCCGCGUGAAAGAAAAGGAUGGUGACCUGAAGUCUCAAGUUGAAAAGUUGUGGCGGGAAGUCAAUGCCUUGAAGGAAAUGCAAGCUCUACAGACAGUCUGUCUUCGAGGCACCAAAGUUCAUAAGAAAUGCUACCUUGCUUCAGAAGGCCUCAAGCAUUACCACGAAGCCAACGAAGACUGCAUUUCCAAGGGAGGGACCCUGGUUGUCCCCAGGAAUUCCGACGAAAUCAAUGCCCUUCGAGACUAUGGUAAGAAGAGUCUGCCAGGUGUCAAUGACUUUUGGCUAGGCAUAAAUGACAUGGUCACAGAAGGCAAGUUCCUCGAUGUCCACGGAUUCGCUGUCUCCUUCCUCAACUGGGACCGUGCCCAGCCAAGUGGUGGCAAGCGGGAAAACUGUGUCCUGUUCUCCCAGUCAGCUCAGGGGAAAUGGAGCGAUGAGGCCUGUCGCAGUAGCAAGAGGUACAUAUGUGAGUUUAUCAUCCCUUAAGAAGCCCCUCCUCAGUAUCCUCCCAAGUAAGACUGGUCAGGAUAAAUAAGCUGGUAGUCCCCUUCAGUAAACUCAGAUUACAUUUAUUAAUUGCAGAAUCCCAAUGCCAGUAUUGGUAUUCAUAGGUAUACAGAGACAGACCAUGUUUCUACUGUAGCUCAUUGUAAUAUUACUUUCAUAUGACAAAGGGAGUCAGAAAAUAAUGACCUAGAUACAGUAAGAAAAGGACUUUGGAUAAUGGGUAGUCAAAUUGUCUCCCAUUCUCCUUGUCCCUCUCAGGUGAACAGACCUGACCUAUUUAAAGAAUAGUAAUAAUAAUCAUGUGAUUCUUCAAGACAGAAAAGGAAAAUUGGGCUAACCGGAAGAUUUCUUUUUAAAAUUUAGUCAUGAUAGGAAUACAAUUUUGAGAAAUGUGUCAUUUGGUUGAUUUUCUGGAUAUGUGAACAUUACAGUAUACCCUACAUGAAUGAACCCUGAGGUUGUAGGGGCAAAACUCCCGGUGACCUCUAGAUGCCCCUAAGACGUGUAGUAGACACAAGCUGCAUGAAGCAUCUGCUGGUGAGACAUGGCAGGCUUUCAGAAUGUAGUUCUCUAAGUGCAUAAUAAAACAACAGUUGGAAACAUAGCCGAGUGCACUCUCUUUCCAUCACUUUAGUAUGACAGCUGACACAGACAGGUGUGAAACAAAGUAAGGUUUAUUUAGCUUGUAAUUUUAGUGGCUCAAGGUCAAAGGUUAAGCAGCCCCAGUGAAUUGGCCAAUGUCAAGGAUGGCAGAUCAGGACAAGACCAAGUAGUCACAUCUCAGUGCAGAGCAAACAUAGGAUGAACAUGAUCUCCUUUCAACCCGGUGUCUCCAAGUCACGCAAGGACAUCCUAGACGGCUCCACCUGCUUAAGGCAUGCAAUACUUUUCAGAAUUGCCACACCAAGGUCCUUGGUGGGGAUGGCAAACUACCUUCAGCCAUAGUGUAUGAUAAACAUAUAAACCAACACACUGUCAUUUGUUAUUGUUGUCAAGGAUUGCGAGCUGUGCUUAAUCACGGUGUCCAACUUGGUGACUUGUGGUGUGCUAACUUUGUAUUUAGCACUGUCACUAAGAACAUGCAUAAAAUUUGCUACAUGAGGACACCAACAACGUCUCUAGGCAACAGAAGACUUUUAUCUCCAUCACAGGCUUAUGGGACCAGCACCAAAUAUGCAGUUUAUUAGGGUCAAAAUAUUGUGUAGUGUGUGGAUGUAUUUGGUUGACGAGAAUGUCCCAAGUCAGAGAUUCCAGGGUACUAUACAAUCCAUAACUUUUCUACCAUGAUGCUUGAUCUCCUCUGCCCUCUUAGCUUACGGUCCUUGCUUUCAGUUGCCGGCCACAUCCCCUGGUGGGAUGCGGCUCUCCCUUGCCACAUCAGAGCAGGGAUGACUGACAAGAUUCUCACCUAACUCUUCAAAUUUCUUGCUUUCUUAAAGGUUCCCAGUCGAGACACCCCCCACCCCCCACUCCCUGAGUCAGCAUAUAUUUGAUCAGUUUCUCCUCUCAGUAUUCUCUAAUAGCUUCCAGCCAGUGAGCAAGCUUUAGGCAGGAGAGAAGCAGCAGACAGUGAGGACAAAGAAACUAGGGGGGGAAAAAAAAGGAAGCAGGGCUAGGAAUGCACUUCAGUGGGUAGAGAGCUGGGCUGCAGGAAUGGGACACUUAAGCCUGUAAUCCCAGCACUGGGGAGGUGGAGGUAAGAGGAUUAGUAGUUCAAGGUCAUGCCCUAACAACUGAACUGCAAGUUUAAAGCCAUCCUAGGCUACAAGAGGCCCCUAUCAACAAGGACAAAAGAAAAAUGUCUCUUUCCUUCACGUGUGUAUCCUCACAGUCUCCUUUUAUAUACAACGACAUUAUUUUUUACUUUCUUUACAUCUAUAUUUCUUCAAUUAUCAUUAUUUAUCUCAAUAGAUGAAGGGCAAUUUGUCAUUUGAAGCUGGGAGUUGGACUUAAAUAAUACUAUUUGAGAGUAACACAUGUGUGCAAUUUUUUAUUCUAACGAUGCUAUUCCCAUUAAACUGCUUAACUGGAUUUUAUUUAAAAAAAUAACUUCAUGGCUUAAACACAGCAGCAUAAAUUUAAUGCUUAGGGGAAAUGGGUUUUGUAGAAAUAAACAAUUCUGAAUACAUUCUGUCCUUCAAAUAAAUAUCUUUUCUCUUUUGUGAAUAAUGUCCUGCUCCCCAGAGCUAAAUUACAUAUGCUUGGAAUCGAAUUUUAGGUUUGUUUUUUUCAUUGCACAAUAAAGCUCCAAAUCUGAUCAGU